AUGGAAGGUUCAAUUCUAAGCCAUGUAACAAUAACUACUUUCAUUCUCUUUUUUUCUAUUCUCUUCACCUCUACCUCAGCAACCAGGCUAUUGACUAGCAACACAAAUGCCCAGUUCGUUAAAGCAUCUUGUAGCAACACAACCUAUCCUAAAUUGUGCUUUGAAUCCCUCGGAUGCUAUGCCAACAAAAUUCAAAGCAACCCCAAAAUGCUAGCCCAUGUUGCACUCAAUGUGACAUUUUCCGCCACUAAAUCAGCAUCAGAUUUGAUGAGAACCCUAUCUAAACUCCAUGGCAAGAAGCCCAGAGAGGCUGGAGCCAUCGCUGAUUGCGUGGAGGUGGUUGGUGAUUCAGUAGAUGAGCUAGCAAGGUCUAUUGGAGAGAUGGGUCGAGCUAGAGGAUCAAAUUCUGAUCCAGUAAUUAAUGAUAUACAAACUUGGGUUAGCGCAUCCUUAACGAAUGAUGAUACAUGCAUGGAUGGAUUUGCUGGUAAUGCUAUGAAUGGAGAAGUGAAAAAUAUAGUUAUGAAAAACAUGACAAAAGCUGCACAUUUGACAAGCGUUGCCUUGGCUCUCAUAAAUAGCUUUGCCUCUUCACAAGGAAACUCAGCCUUAAUCCUUUGAUGGCCAAAGAAUAGGGGAUGACUAUAACAGCUGGGAUCAAAAAUCUUCUCUAAAAUUAUACAAAAUAAUAAUAAUAAGCUCUAUCUACAAUAAGAACAGCCCGUUAUUUGUGUUUCUUGGCUUGAAAGUGUGUGAGUUUAUAAUUUUCCAUGUAUGGUAUUUCGAUAAUCGAGAGUAUCAAAAUGUAGUUAAGUGUUUCUUAUGCAUUUAAUAAUAUUGCUCAAUGAAGUGCAACAAAUUAAAUAAA